GAGAAAGAAACAACCAACGUUGGCUAUAUGUAUUAACUUCAAAAUAAAGUUCAGUUUAAGCUGGAGCGCAGUCGAGGUUGCGUCGCUUGUUCGUUCGGUCGGCUUUUUGGUCUUUCGGCUUUCGGCUAGUUCCUAUAUUGUAUGUACGCAUGAUACUAGAUCGUGAGAUACGAUAUCAAAAAAAUAGAUUCAUGAGUACGACAACAGGAAAGGGAAACGUCGCAAAAGGACUCUUCGGGAGAAUCAAACUACCUUAAUACCAUUAGCUAAACUUAGUUAAAUAUGUCAAAUACGGGUUCCAGCCGAGUUACCAUCGGUAGAAUUGGAUCCACCUCACAGAUCACAGAUCCAUGGUCGUCCGGCUUGGAGAAGAAGCGACCUUCCCGCUGUGGGGGUCCCAAAUCUCUCGGAGAGCCAACGUACCGAAAGAUCGGACGGCGGAAGAUACUCCAAAUGCGAGUCCAUGACCCUGGAACGACUGCAACACAUAGAGCAACAGAAACGGCAACGGCAAAACUCAAUAGAAUCUAUUUAUGUACAAUUAACCGAAUGGCACAGAGCUGUAUAUAUUUUGUAUUAUUUUUAGUAAUCCUAAGCCCAAAUACUAGUUGUGCUCUGCGGAGUAGUGCGGGUGAGACUCAGAAUUAUGCCGGAAUACUCAGCAACGAUAGUGCAUCGACCACCACAUAUGAUGUGUCGUCGCUGCACAGCAGUAGAAGAACAAACUCCCCAUCAUCACCUGCUAAUGAUGAUGCUUAUGUUGAUUAUCAUAAUGAUACAGAGCUCCACAAGGUCGACUCAGGCCUUACGGGAGGUGAUAGAGCGGGUCAAGCACAAGCCAUUAGCGGCGGCAAAUAUGAUUAUAACUAUAAAAAUACUCACACACAUGCCAGUGCGAAAGAUGAAAUUGUCGACCCGCUUGAACAGCAGUCGAAUAGCCUCGACUUCGACGGGGUCGAUAUGUUUGGCGCCUUCAGCAUUCCCGAGGAGGCGAUAUACACAAAUGAGUUCGCCGUCAACAUUCCAGCUGGCAAGCAAAUGGCGGAUGUUAUAGCUUCCAAACAUGGAUUUAUCAACAGAGGACAGAUCGGAUCCCUGGACAACUACUACCUGUUUCAGCACCAUCAUGUAUCGAAGCGUUCGCUGCGCUCCAGUCGCAAGCAUCAGGGCGCUCUUAAAUCAGAGAACGAGGUGAAAUGGAUGCAACAGCAGCACGAGAAGGUGCGCCGAAAGAGGGACGGCCCCUACCAGGACUUACCCACCUACAGUCCGUAUAAUCUUUUACGCCAACACGGCGGCUACGUUGUCGAUCCGAAUCCGCAUCUUUCAUUCUCCCCAGAAUCGAUUUCGUUAGCCUCGCACUCACAGCGCAUGGAGUACCGGGAUGUCAGCUCGCAUUUUAUCUUUCCGGAUCCGUUGUUUAAGGAACAGUGGUAUCUGGUGAGUAAAAAUGGCGGCGCCAAGGAUGGCUUGGACAUGAACGUGGGCCCCGCCUGGCAAAAGGGUUACACCGGCAAGGGCGUGGUUGUGUCCAUUCUGGACGACGGCAUUCAGACAAACCAUCCCGACUUGGCCCAAAACUAUGACCCCGAAGCCUCUUUCGACAUAAAUGGCAACGAUUCGGAUCCCACGCCACAGGACAAUGGUGACAACAAACACGGAACCAGAUGCGCUGGCGAAGUGGCCGCGGUGGCAUUCAACAAUUAUUGCGGAGUGGGAGUGGCCUACAAUGCCAGCAUUGGUGGAGUACGAAUGCUGGACGGAAAGGUCAAUGAUGUGGUUGAGGCACAGGCAUUGAGUCUCAAUCCCUCCCACAUCGAUAUAUACAGCGCUUCCUGGGGACCGGAGGAUGAUGGCUCCACCGUUGAUGGUCCUGGUCCGUUGGCCCGCCGUGCUUUCAUCUACGGAGUGACCAGCGGUCGACAGGGCAAGGGCUCGAUUUUCGUUUGGGCCUCUGGCAACGGUGGGCGCUACACCGACUCCUGCAACUGCGAUGGCUACACCAAUUCGAUCUUUACCCUAUCCAUUUCGAGUGCCACUCAAGCCGGGUACAAACCCUGGUACCUGGAGGAGUGCUCCUCCACGCUGGCUACCACCUACAGCUCCGGAACGCCGGGACAUGACAAGAGCGUUGCCACCGUCGACAUGGACGGCAGCCUGAGGCCCGAUCAUAUCUGUACCGUGGAACAUACGGGCACUUCGGCUUCGGCACCACUGGCAGCCGGCAUCUGCGCCCUGGCGCUAGAGGCCAAUCCGGAAUUGACUUGGCGCGACAUGCAGUACUUGGUGGUGUACACCUCAAGACCGGCGCCACUGGAAAGGGAGAACGGAUGGACGCUGAACGGUGUGAAGCGAAAGUACAGCCAUAAGUUUGGGUACGGAUUAAUGGAUGCUGGAGCAAUGGUGUCGCUGGCGGAGCAGUGGACAUCGGUGCCGCCGCAGCAUAUCUGCAAAUCGCGAGAAAACAAUGAGGAUCGCAAGAUAGAUGGUGCAUAUGGAUACACUUUAGCCACGCAUAUGGACGUUAAUGGUUGUGCGGGCACCAUCAACGAAGUGCGUUACCUAGAGCAUGUGCAAUGUCGGAUUACGCUACGGUUUUUCCCGCGAGGAAAUCUCCGCAUCCUGCUCACCUCGCCGAUGGGCACCACCAGUACCCUGUUGUUGGAAAGGCCGCGCGACAUUGUCAAGUCCAAUUUCGAUGACUGGCCCUUCCUGAGUGUUCACUUUUGGGGCGAGAAGGCGGAGGGCCGCUGGACCCUGCAGGUGAUCAACGGCGGCCGCCGGCGCGUCAAUCAACCGGGCAUCCUGUCCAAGUGGCAAUUGAUAUUCUAUGGCACUUCCACACAGCCCAUGCGGCUCAAGUCUGAGCUGCUCAACAGCAGUCCCCAGCUACGCAGCCCCAGCAGCUCCAAUCCAUUCCUCUUCCCAUCGGCCUCAAACAUUGGCCAGCCUGCCAACGAGGGUGGCAACUUCAACACAGAUAGCUUUGCCAGUUACCUUAACUACCAGAACAUCUUUAGCAGCGCUGGCUCUGAUCCGGAACCGGCCACAGCUACGCUUGACGGCCAGAAUGUGACCGCUUCGAUUGCUUCCGGUUCAUCCGCUGAUACCCUUGGUUUUACCGCCUCUUCUGCCCAACUGGUGGUGGCGCCCGAAACGAGGGACGGCGACAAAAAGAUCCUGCACUCCUGCGAUGCCGAGUGCGACUCCUCCGGCUGCUAUGGCCGUGGACCCACACAGUGCGUUGCAUGCAGUCACUACCGCCUGGACAAUACUUGUGUAAGUCGCUGCCCCCCGCGCUCCUUCCCAAACCAGGUGGGAAUCUGCUGGCCCUGUCACGAUACCUGCGAAACGUGCGCUGGCGCCGGACCCGACAGCUGCCUCACCUGUGCUCCGGCCCACCUGCACGUCAUCGAUCUCGCCGUCUGCCUGCAAUUCUGCCCGGACGGAUAUUUUGAAAACAGCAGGAACCGAACCUGCGUUCCCUGCGAGCCCAACUGUGCCUCAUGCCAGGACCAUCCCGAGUACUGCACUAGCUGUGAUCACCAUUUGGUCAUGCAUGAGCACAAAUGCUACUCGGCCUGUCCCUUGGAUACGUACGAAACGGAGGAUAACAAAUGUGCCUUCUGCCACUCGACUUGCGCCACCUGCAAUGGCCCCACGGACCAGGACUGCAUCACGUGCCGCUCGAGUCGAUAUGCCUGGCAAAACAAAUGCCUUAUUAGCUGUCCGGACGGAUUCUAUGCCGACAAGAAACGGCUGGAGUGCAUGCCCUGCCAGGAGGGAUGUAAGACCUGUACCAGCAACGGAGUUUGCUCCGAGUGCCUUCAAAACUGGACGCUGACCAAGAGGGACAAGUGCAUCGUGAGCGGCAGUGAAGGCUGCAGUGAAUCGGAGUUCUUUAGCUUAAGUGAGGGACAGUGCCGCCCGUGCCACGCAUCCUGCGGCAGCUGCAACGGACCGGCGGAUACGAACUGCAUGUCCUGCCCCCCGAAUCGACUGCUGGAACAGAGUCGCUGUGUGAGCGGCUGUAGGGAGGGCUUUUUCAUGGAAGCGGGCUCCCUUUGCUCACCAUGUCUGCACACAUGCAGCCAGUGCGUCUCGCGGACGAACUGCAGCAACUGCUCCAAGGGUCUGGAGCUGCAAAACGGCGAAUGCCGCACCACCUGUGCCGAUGGUUACUACAGCGAUCGUGGCAUUUGUGCCAAGUGCUAUUUGAGCUGCCACACCUGCAGCGGGCCGAGGCGCAACCAGUGCGUCCAGUGCCCGGCUGGAUGGCAACUGGCUGCCGGCGAAUGCCAUCCCGAGUGCCCUGAGGGCUUCUACAAGUCUGACUUUGGAUGCCAGAAGUGUCACCAUUACUGCAAGACGUGCAACGAUGCUGGACCAUUGGCCUGCACUUCGUGUCCCCCGCACUCGAUGCUCGAUGGCGGCCUGUGCAUGGAGUGCCUGAGCUCACAAUAUUACGAUACCACGUCGGCAACCUGCAAAACGUGCCACGAUUCGUGCCGCUCCUGCUUUGGACCCGGCCAGUUCUCCUGCAAGGCCUGUGUUCCGCCGCUCCACUUGGACCAGCUGAACAGCCAGUGCGUGUCCUGCUGCCAAAACCAAACGUUGGCCGAAAAGACUUCGUCAGCGGCGUGCUGCAAUUGCGACGGAGUAACCGGCGAGUGCAAGGCCACGUCGACGGGUGGCAAGAGGCGCACGGUUGUUGGCAGCGGGAGUGCGUACAAAAGCAGCGAAUCCAAGCACGGAUCCUUUGAGAGCGAUGGCAAUGCCAGGGAGUUCGUCCUGCGACUGGACUCUCCGCUGACGGCGAUCACAGCCAUUGCUGUGGCCAUAUGCCUGCUAAUAAUAACAAUAUUCUCCAUAAUUUUUGCUGUUCUACAGCGCAAUAGCAACCAUGUGUCCAGAAAUUCAGUGCGAUAUAGGAAAAUAGCGAACACGUCGUCGGGAAGGCGAAAGAACUUGUCAGCUAAGCCCACUAGCGAUGCAAGAUUCAUUUUUAACAUUGGCGAAGACGAAGAUACAGAUGGUGAUAAUUCCGAUGACGAGAUCGACGGCAACGUGGGCACGGAUAUAAACAGGAUCGUCUACGACCGCAAAGGCAAUGAACAUGGACACGAAUUUUACAUUGAGAGUACAAAUGAUAUUGAUGCGAUCGAGUUUCACUGCAAAGGAGCCCAGAAAGUAGAGACCCAACCACGUAGGUGCAAUGCGAACGGAGAUGAUGAUAUUCUUCAAUACGAUAGGAAUACGAAUACGAAUGCGGACAGAAAUCCGUCAACCACAAGCCGUACAAACAUCCGUAGCUGAUUGAUUGAUCAAUGGACAACGCGACAGCGAACGUAAUUGUACCAACCAACCAACCAACCAACCAUCAAGAACUUUGAUCUUGGCUUUCUUGCUCUGGACUAGUAAAUUGUAACCUUGCUUUGAGGAAUAUAGCGAAUCGAAAUAUUUAACAUCUGAAAAUGAUAAAAAUUUAUAUGUGAUUGUGAAUUGUUUUUAUAUAUAUAUUUGUAAAUUUAAUGUUUGUAUUAAAUUUUUAUGAAAAAUGUUAUGUCAAGUUGAA